UCUCUCUCUCUCUCUCUCUCUCUCUCUCUCUCUCUGUUUGUGUGUUCGCGCUAACCAUUUUGAAGUGCUCUCUGUGCUCGCGCUUGCGUGUGUAGUCAAGUGCAAAGGUGAAGUUGUUGAUCGAGAUCCAUAGAUAAAAGGCCGAACGCAAGUAUGGGAGAUGUCCUGACUGAAGAACAGGUUGCUGAGUUUCAAGAAGCUUUUUGUCUCCUUGAUAAGGAUGGAGAUGGCUGCAUCACCAUUGAAGAAUUGGGGAUUGCGAUCAAAUCAUUGGAUCAAAAUCCUACCGUGGAAGAAUUGCAAAGCAUGAUCAAUGAAGUGGACAUUGAUGGCAACGGAACCAUAGAAUUUGGGGAGUUCUUGAAUCUAAUUGUAAGGAAAAUGAAGGAAAAUGAAGUGGAAGAGGAAUUGAAAGAAGCUUUUAAAGUGUUUGAUAAAGACCAAGAUGGUUACAUCUCACCUAAUGAGUUAAGGCAUGUAAUGAUAAAUCUAGGAGAGAAACUGACAGAUGAAGAGGUGGAUCAAAUGAUAAGAGAAGCUGAUUUGGACGGCGAUGGUCUUGUUAAUUACGAGGAAUUCGUGAGAAUGAUGUUGGCUGUUUGAUCAAAAUUUCUUAUUUAAUUUGUCUCUCUAUUGAUCAAUGUAACCAAAACAGAGAUUAUAUAUAAAUA